UGUGUCCAGAUCUGGCCACACACAUUCCACCUGCGCUAUCCAUUUCAAGCGCUAUAUGACGCCCCGGCUUCCCCCGUGGAAUUCUGGGAGCUGUAGUUUGUGAAGGGCUUGAGGCUCCGCCCCUCACGUACCGCGCAGCGUUUGACGGGGGGAGCGGAGAACGAAGGGCAAAGAGGAAGGGAAGAAAGGGCAGCUGCGGAGGCUUCGUUGGCCCCUGGCGGGCAUGCGCGGGGUUCGUUCGCGCAGGCGCUGUGGGCCGACAACAAAGAGGGACUGAGGCGGCGGCGGCGGCGCCUCUUUCUCCCCGAUGGCUGCCGCGUUCCUGGUGGCGCUGUACGAGUACUCGCCCCUCUUCUACAUCUCCGUCGUCUUCAUCUGCUUCCUGGUCACCAGCGGCCUGGUCAUGGGCUGGUCAGUGGGGAGCGGGGUGGGGGGUCAGAGGUCACGGGGGAGGGGGGAGCAAGGAGGAGGGGGGUCCAGGGAGGGGAGGGGGCUUGGCUGGGGGGGGGGGAGAAAUUUAUUCCAGUGAAUGGAGGGGGGUAAGCGGAAGAUGGGGAGCUGUGGAGGGAGGGAGGCAUAUUAUUAUUAUUAUUAUUAUUAUUAUUACUAGUAUUACUAUUAAUUUCUCUCCUCCCAGACAGAGACUCAAGGCGGCUUUCACAAUUUGAAAGCAAACACAAAUAAAACGGGGAAAGCCAUAAAACGUAUAGAAAGAUAGUCGUUAGAGACGUAAUAAAGCUCUAAGGAAAGUGGCUGGGGGGAGGAUGCUGCUAUAAUAAUAAUAAUAAUAAUAAUAAUAAUAAUACAACAACAACAACAACAACAACAACAACAACAACAACAACAAUAUUUAUUCUUUAUACCCUGCCCAUCUGGCUGGGUUUCCCCAGACUUCCCCAGACUGGGUGGCUUCCAACAAAAGAUUAAAAAUACAUUGAACCAUCAGUCAUUAAAAACUUCACUAUACAGUGGUACCUCGGGUUACGGACGCUUCAGGUUUACAGACGCUUCAGGUUACAGACUCCGCUAACCCAGAAAUAGUACCUCAGGUUAAGAACUUUGCUUCCGGAUGAGAACAGAAAUCGUGCGGCGGCAGUGGGAGGCCCCAUUCGCUAAAGUGGUGUCUCGGGUUAAAAACAGUUUCAGGUUAAGAACGGACCUCCGGAACGAAUUAAGUUCUUAACCCGAGGUACCACUGUACAGGGCUGCCUCCAGAUGUCUUCUAAACAUCAGAUAAUUGUUUAUUUCCUUGACAUCUGAUGGGAAGGCGUUCCACAAGGCGGGCGCCACCACUGAGAAAGCCCUCUGCCUGGUUCCCUGUAGCUUUGCUUCUCGCAGUGAGGGAACCACCAGAAGGCCCUCGGCACUGGACCUCAGUGUCCGGGCUGAAUCAUGGGGCUGGAGAUGCUCCUUCAGGUAUACUAUACCUGAGGGAGGGAGGCAUAUUAUUAUUAUUAUUAUUAUUUCUCUCCUCCUAGACAGAGACUCAAGGCAGCUUUCACAAAUUGAAAACAAACACAGAUAAAAUGGGAAAAGCCAUAAAACAUGUAGAAAGAUCAUUGUUGGAAACGUAAUAAAGCUCAAAGGGGAUGACUGGCUGCUACAUCUGGGAAAGUGGGGAGAGGAUGCUAUGUUGUGGUAGCAGAGAUUAUUGUUAUUGUUCCGAUACCUCCCUUUAGCUGAGGAUCACGGGGUGGUUUACAAUAUAAAAACACAAAAAUACAUAUUUAUACCCUGCCUUUCCCCAUGACAGGGACUUUCCCCAUGACAGGCAGCUUAGAAUCAAAAGUAAGAACAACUGAAAACAUGGGAGGGGAAACAAUAAUUUAAAAGCAAUUUUAAAAUGAUGCAAUAUAUCUACACACUGACACGAAUAUAUAUAAAUCUAUGAAAGCCAUACAUUUAGUGCAGAUGGAGGGACAUACUAUAACAUUUAACAUGAGCCCCACCUGAAGUGUCCAGGGACCUUGACCCUAGCCCACAAUAUGCUAUGCCAGUCAAACUUAACAACAAUCUUGUGAGUAGGAUAAUUUUGAGACUCACGUAGCUGUCUGCAGGGUUGGGUGAGGAAGAGCCCUCUAAAUGGGUGUUAGGGGAGUAGAGUUUAGGAGGGAUAGGAGCUGCUCAAAGCAAGGAGGCUGGGGGUACCGGUAAGUGGAAGGGAUGUGCGCAGAACAUGGAGGUGCACAAAUUUUUUUUUCAUUGCUGGGGGUGCGUGGAUUGCAUUUUUAACAGGAGGGAGCAAGUGAUAGCCCAGCCCUGUGGUAAAAUCCACACGCAGAGGGUCCAUUUCAUCGAGGAGCAAAUACAACAGGGGUUGAAGAUUGAGUUAUUUUGUUUUAAGACAGUUGUUGCCUUUUGGCUGUACCUUCACCAGAUUUGACUGUUGUUAAUAUUAAGCGUUUCUGUUGAUUUCAUUUUGUGCUGCUUAGGUUUGGGUGGGACGUUCCUGUGAUUCUGAGAAAUUCAGACGAAGCUGAAUCGACUGUGAAAGUGUCCCAGAAACAGAUGCGGCAGGUGAAAAACCCAUUCAGCUUGGAAAUCAAAAACCUGGAAACGGCUUCAGUUUCAAGUCAGUAGAUUGUGUGUUUUGGUUGCUGUUCAAAUUUUCUCUCCCCUCCCCCUCCCCUGCUAUGCCAAGCGCCGGCUAUCGAUUCACCCGUAGCAACUAUCCCUGUAAGACCCUUUUAACAGAAAUGAGCUGACCCAGUUUAAGCUGGCCCCUGCAAAGAGAUUAUUGCUUCCUUGAUCUGCUUGACUAUAUUUAUUUCUUCUAGCAUAUGGUCAUGCAGAGGAGAUACACCGUGUACUGUGAACUGGCAUCCUUGCUAAUGUAGGUUUUACACUGUCAGUAUGAGCGUGUCAGCAUGAAAAUGCCACUAAUCUCAUGGGUACCCGUGCUCUGUGCCAGAGGGAUGACAGGAUGCAGACACAUUAACAGGGAUCAGAGCAAAGGCCCAUUUAUUCGAGCAUCCUGUUCUCAGAGACAAACAAUCUAAGUGUGCUUUGAACUUAGUCUUGCUCAAAGAAGUUGCAUGUUUUCUGAAGUUAAAAAGGUAAAGGUACCCCUGACCAUUAGGUCCAGUCGUGAACAACUCUGGGGUUGCGCGCUUAUCUCGCUUUACUGGCCGGGGAAGCCGGCGUUUGUCUGCAGCUUUCCAGGUCAUGUGGCCAGCAUGACUAAGCCGCUUCUGCCGAUCCAGAGCAGCACACGGAAACGCCGUUUACCUUCCCACCGGAGUGGUACUUAUUUAUCUACUUGCACUUUGAUGUGCUUUCGAACUGCUAGGUUGGCAGGAGCAGGGACUGAGCACCAGGAGCUCACCCCAUCACGGGGAUUCGAACCGCCAACCUUCUGAUCAGCAAGUCCUAGGCCCAGUGGUUUAGACCACAGCGCCACCCGCGUUCCCCUUUAUGAAGUUACUUUCUAUGAAAUAAAAUUUUGGGCGCUCCUCACACAUUCAAGUUUUCUGUGGUGGUCUCACCAAGUCUCUGACAUCCAAAUGGCAGACUGUUUAUUUCCCCCAUCUAAUCUGGAUUUACUGUUUACGGGGGAAAUCCAGUAAAAAAAAUAAUUUUUUUUUAAUCCAUUGGCGAUGACUUGUGUGUUACGUUUCAAAAACCUGAUGGCAAAUUCAUCUGUUGUCUGGAAAAGCCCUUUCAUCGCUUGAAGAAGAGCUGUCAAGGGACUUGGUGAUUUUCAUCAAAAAUGAUGCUUUCCCUGCUACAUAGUUAUUUGGAAUUGAUAUAAUGGGUUCCCCCCCAACCUUUGGACCUUUCAGUUUUCAAAACUCCUGUUUGUGACUCCAUGUUCUUUUCUUUUCCCCCUCUUCAUAAGAUGGCAUAACGCUGGUGCCUGAUUGCCUGGAAGACUGCCUCCUUACGUGCUACUGGGGCUGCAGCGUGCAGAAGAUCCACGAAGCUCUGCAGAAACAUGCUUACUGCUUUCGAAUAAAAACGCCACAGGCCUUUGAGGAUGCAGUGUAUGACGAGUAUCUCUACCGCCAACAGUAUUGGUAUCCUUUGAUCAGAGUUGCGUAUCUUUGCUUUUGUAGAGCUGCAGAAUGUUGAAAAGCUCUGCUUCUAAGCAAAUCAUCUAAAGCAGGUUUCUAGCCCCAAUGGAUCUAGCAAAAAAUUGAGAAAGCCAGGAGAGGAGAUUCCAGAGAAUGGGUGUCUAGUGCCCUUACUGCCCAUCAGUCUUCCUUCUAUUUAAAAUCAACAGCCUCAUUAUUUAGAAUAUAAACCUCAUUAUUAAAAGGUUUUGAGGUUCAUUUUUCCUUUCACCUCUGUACAGGGUGAGGACAAGAGUGGGCUGCAGUUUGGAAGUCUUCCUUUUUGCUGCACAUAGAAAUGAGUGUGUAAAUUGGAGAAUUAACUUGAAUGCAAGAAUACCUUUUGGCUCUAGGUACUUAAUUCUUUGGAAGCUGUCUGCCAUAGCUCUCUUUCCUCUUAACUCGCUGCUUGGCUGCCACUAAACAGCUGAUCAGCAGAACGUAAAGCAGCCCCUUUGGCCAUUUGCCCUGCUACUACAUGCACUGCUUCACUAUCAUGGAAAGCCGGUGGACAUGCUUAACUAUUGCAUUCUCUUGGUUUGCUUUGGGGAAGAUACAUAGCUCAGUGGUAGAGGGUCUGCUUUGUAUGCAAAAAGUCUCACGUUCAAUCCAUGGCAGCUGCCAAUCAUUGUCAACAGUACGGUACUAGAUGGACCAAUGGUUUGGUUCGAUGCAAGACAGCUUCCUUUGUAGCAGUUGCACAAUCAAAGGAGCAGGAAAUCGAUAACUCCUCCGUCUUUUGUCAGCCCUUGGGUGCUGAUGGUUGUCUGCCAUAACAAAGGUGGUCUAAACCAAUGAGCCUCUUGGGUUUGCCGAUCAGAAGGUUGGCGGUUCGAAACCCCACGACGGAGUGAGCUCCCAUUGCUCUGUCCCAGCUCCUGCCAACCUAGCAGUUCGAAAGCACACCAGUGCAAGUAGAUAAAUAGGUACCGCUGCAGCGGGAAGGUAAACGGUGUUUCUGUGCGCUCUGGCGCUCGCCACAGUGUUCCAUUGCGCCAGAAGCAGUUUAGUCCUGCUGGCCACAUGACCCGGAAAGCUAGCUGUGGACAAACGCCGGCUCCCUCGGCCUGAAAGCGAGAUGAGCGCUGCAACCCCAUAGUUGCCUUUGACUGGACUUAACUGUCCCGGGACUCUUUACCUUUACCUUUGCCAUAACAAAUAUAAAUUCUAGUCCAUAGUAACUUAGAUCUUGCACUAAGAAAAGGCAAAUUGUGAUUGGGCCCAAUUUUGUAAAUAAAGCAGAGCCAGUGUGGUGUAGUGGUUAAGAGCGGUAGUCUCGUAAUCUGGGUAACCGGGUUCGCGUCUCCGCUCCUCCACAUGCAGCUGCUGGGUGACCUUGGGCCAGUCACACUUCUUUGAAGUCUCUCAGCCCCACUCACCCCACAGAGUGUUUGUUGUGGGGGAGGAAGGGAAAGGAGAAUGUUAGCCGCUUUGAGACUCCUGAAGGGGAGUGAAAGGCGGGAUAUCAAAUCCAAACUCUUCUUCUUCUUCUUCCAUAACUCAUUCUUGGUUUUUGCAUCAUUUAUUCUCUCCAUGCUAACCACAGGGAGUGGCAGUCAUUCAGAGCACUGAGGCCAUCUCCCUGUGGCUACUGGAAAUCUUUAAAAGUGGGGGGGGGGACCCAAACCCUUGAGUUAUUCAGGUAUUAUUAUUAUUAUUACUACUAUUAUUUAUUUAUAUCCUGCCCUCCCCAGCCGAAGCCGGGCUCAGAGUGGCUAACAUAACACAGUUUACAUAAAAUCACAAUCAAUUAAUUGAAAUACAUUCUAAAAUCAAUUCAUUCUAAAAUUAAUUCAGAGUCAAAUUAAUGGCAACCAUUGGGCUAGAGUUCUAUGAGGAUUACAGAAGGAGAGAGGGGGUCAGACUGUGCCUUGGCCAAAGGCCUGGCAGAACAGCUCCGUCUUGCAGGCCCUGUGGAAAGAUGUCAAGUCCCGCAGGGCCCUAGUCUCUUGUGACAAAGCAUUCCACCAGAUGGGGGCCACAGCCGAAAAACCCCUGGCUCUGGUUGAGGCCAGCCUAACCUCCCUGUGGCCCAGGAUCUCCAAGAUGUUUAUGUUUGAAGACCGUAAGGUCCUCCGUGGGACAUUCCAGGAGAGGCAGUCCUGUAGGUAUGAGGGUCCUAGGCUGUAUAGGGCUUUAAAGGUUAAAACCAGCACCUUAAACCUGAUCCUGUACUCCACCGGGAGCCAGUGCAGCUGGUAUAGCACUGGGUGAAUGUGAUCUCGCAGCGAGGACCCUGUUAGGAGUCUCGCCACAGCAUUCUGCACCCGCUGGAGUUUCUGGGUCAGUCUCAAGGGCAGCCCCACGUAGAGCGAGUUACAAUAAUCCAGUCUGGAGGUGACCGUCACGUGGAUCACAGUGGCUAGGUCAGGGCGAGAGAGGUAAGGAGCCAACUGCUUAGCUUGGUGGAGAUGAAAAAAUGCCGCCUUUGUUGUAGCUGAAAUCUGCGCCUCCAUGGAAAGGGAGGUGUCGAAGAUUACACCCAAACUCUUAACGGAUGGUGCUGGCACUAAUCUGAUUCCUACUCUCCAUGCAGUAAGUUCCUCUGAAGUCAGUGAGACUUUGGAAUACACAUGUAUAGGAUUGCCAAGACAGAGGCCAAACUUUGUAACAAAUGCUAAAUUCUGUGCUUGUAACAGAUGGAACGCAACAGAGUUCGUCUGUGCCGGGCAAAGCCAAGUUUGAUGCUAGAUACAUGAGUGCACCUUGAGCCUCAGCCUGUGCGCUACGUCCAAGAACAUCUGUGGCACAAACAUUGCAUUUGUCUUUAUUUGCGGUUCUGUUCCUUGACACAAACAAAGCAUCAAGACAUCUGACAAAGCGGGAAAGCACUGCCAGGUACCCGAAGAGACACAAAUCAUUGACUUUGGCCCCGUGCCCAGAUCUCGGUACCCGCUAGUUGCACUGUUGACGCUGGAGGAUGAAGGCAACAGAGAAAUAUAUGACAUUGUAGGUAACCUCUUUCUUGAGAAAAGGAACUGGGACAGGAGUUUGCUUUGAAUUGUCUGUGAAAAAUUGCCGUCGAACAGAGUUGGCAGGGGACUUGCUUUUGCUUUUUGUCAUAGCUAUUGGUGUGUCCUAACAUUAUUCCUUCUUUAAAAUGACAUCUCCUCCUGGAUCCUUGGAUUAGAUAAGGGAAAAAAAUUAGUUAUUAGAGAGCUUGCCACAUCCCACAGAUUGAGAAGCUAGGUCUGUUUUAGUCUGCUGGAAAUAGUCACAAAGUUCAUUACCCAUCACUUCACAUGCAUAAGUUUUACCUGGGUGGACCUGAAAUUUGGGCAGGCAAUUAAUGAAGUUGAACUGGUUUACUUAAUUGGCCUUAGUAUAAGGCAGAAUUACUACCAUCGGGGAUUUCACUAGACUCAGAGUAGGAAACCUGAUGGCUGCAAUGAUUUCUAUAUGAAGAAAUAAAAUGAACGUUGUAUAGUUCACUUUUAAAAGCAUCCACUCUGAGGUGCUUUUAAAACAAAACAAACCUUUAGAUACAGUUGCAUUCUAUUUGGAACGCUUUUAUAAUUGUAAUGAUUUUAUUCGUUUCUGUAACUAUCGUAUAUCAUUGUAACCAUUUCUGGGACUUUAUGUUAAAAUCUUACUAGUGGUUAAUAAAUCUUUUGAGAUUUAUCACUAGCCCAUAAAAACAGGCAACCUAAACAAAGACGUGCAGCAGCAAAUAAAAUCAAUAAUUAAGACCAGCCAUUAAAAUUGAGGAAGGAAUUUUGCCCCUCCGCUUAAAAUGAUGUAAUAUGAAAGACCGCGUAUAAAUUUCAGUGCUCUGUUUCGGGGUGGGUAUGUAUGUGCUGUGUAAUAUAUUAGUAAAAAUGAUGGCUGUAUGGCAGGACGAAUAUUGGAAUCUGAACCCAAAGUGAUCAAGGCAAUUCUAUACAAGAUAUGGGUAUUAGCUCCUUGGAAAUGACGAUUAAGGAUUGUUCGAUUAUUUCAUCAUCUACAAUGCCUUGUUUUUAAGUUCUUCACAGUUGGGUUGGAUGUUGUUUGAACAAUAAGCAGCAUAGAAUUCAAAUGUUUUCUUUUCUUUUCAUAGGUUUCUAUGGUAUCUAUCAUUCACGUUACUGAUGACAGUUACAGGCUUUCCUGUCGAAUACUGUAUCAGUAUCUCCUCAUGGCCCAGGGUCAAUUUCAUGAUCUAAAGGUAAGCUUUGGGAUUUGCGGUUUGUUUUACAUCUUAAAAGUGGCUAGAAAUAACUGCCUCAGUUUGCAUCAGGCCAGUUGCCCACCCUGUCCAAUAUUAACACUAUUGAGUAGCGGCAACUCUCCAGAGACUUAGGCAGAUCAUUUCCUAGGACCACUAACACCGUUCUUCUAACUUGGAGACGCUUAGGCUUGGGUGUAGAGCAGGGUGCCCCUGGGUAACCGAUCUGUGCAUUUUCCUCUAGUUUAUUUCUGCAACCCAGAAAUGCCAAUUCCGUAACUGCAGAGUGAUCAAAACGCAUUUUUGCAAAUGCAGUUGGUUGCAACGCAGGUAUGCAGCAGAACGAGAUGAGAUAAUGGACUGUAGGUGACUCGUCACAUUUUUGAAUUCUCCCCCUUUGUAAACCACUACCUGCAAGUAAAAAAAUAUAAAACAAAUCAUCAUAAUUUUAUUAUUUAUACCCCGCCCACCUGGCUGGGUUUCCUCAGCCACUCUGGGAAGCUUCCAGUAAAACAGAAAAUCACAAUAAAACCUUGAACGUUAAAAACUUCCCGAUACAGGACUUGCCUUCAGAUGUCUUCUGAAAGUUGUGUAGUUCUCUGUCUCCUUGACAUCUGAUGGGAGGGUGUUUUAUUAGUAAUAAAAUAAAAUUAUAAUCUCCUUAGGAAGAUUUUGGCCUUGGUCUCCCUUGCUUCCUGUUUGUAGCUUUCCACUUGCACGAUCCUUUCCGCAUAGGGGAACACUUAAAAAAUAGUAUUGCCUACAUGCAAACUGAAGUGGUGCAGGCUGUUUCUAUUACAUAAUCCUACUGUGCAUGGAGGCCAAGUUACUUUUCUCUUGCUAGAAACCUGGGAAAAUUUGGAAAAUGUUAUAUACAUGCAUGAUGCAGUUUUUUAAAGCACAAUUUUGUAAGCAGUGUGAACCCCCUUCUGGGACCUCUCUAGGUUAGGAGCCCUGAAGCUUAAGUUUCAUAGCAGAGUCUCCCCAUGGCAUAUUUUGAAAAUGCCCAUGGGCUGCAAAACAUGGAAGACCCGGUGUCAGGCAUGGAGAGUCCUCCCCUCCCUUUGGUAACUUCACAGAUAAGAAUUAGCGAGCAGUUGGUAGAUUUAUAGUCCUUUUAUUACAGCGUCAUGUUGCAAGCACAAGCACACAGCUCUCCGCAAGGAGGGCAGUUGGCUAGUCUAAUCUGACUUCCGCAGCAUUUUAGGCACCAAUGGGAAGUUCCUCCCUCCCUCCCUCUGACUCCUUUCCUCUCUGAUACGUUUGGACCUCCGAGUCCGUGGUGAGGGGGGUGUCCCCCACACUCAAGGGACGUCUCAACUAGCUGCCCCCUCCCUUCCGGUUCUGUUGUCAUUAUCUCAUAACUGAGUAACUCCUUCCUAAGCCGUUCAGCUUCUGUCUCUCUCUCUGCUUCUGAUCAUGCUGUGGACAAGGGGUGGGGGUGGUGGCGACUAUUCCCCUUCCAGCUCUCCAUCAGAGAGAAGUUGGUCUGCCAUAGAAUACAUUCCCCAGUCCUUGUCUUCAGACCUCCCCCUGACACCUGGGCAGUGAAACACACUCCGUGUUUGUGUGCAUGUGUGUGUUGCUUUCAGUACUCUUAACAUAUUGAAUUUCCCACUGGCCCCCCCAAUUGCUUCACCCUUCACCUCUCAUUUUGCUUUGGGGGUUCAGCUGAAAAACCCCACCCCCAUUUGACCAAGCCACCACAGUGAAACGAAAGGAGAUUGUCUCUAAUAUUAAUGGAACCCGAAUGCUACAAAAUGGCUUGGACUUAGUAGGCAUAGCAUGAAGUAUCAUACGGUUAAUGAGUCUAUUUUGCAAGACUACAAAGAACAUACCUUUUUCCAUCUUAUUUUUUUAAAGAAUCAAAACUAAAGCAAGUUUUCUUGGAUUUGCUGAAAACCUUUUCAACAGUUCCUCCUUUUUCCCAAUGAAGUUUUUCUGCGCACACUCAGUAAGCCUAGCCCAUUGGUAGGCAAACUAAGGCCCAGGGGCCAGAUCUGGCCCAAUCUCCUUCUAAAUCCAGCCCGCGGACGGUCCAGGAAUCAGCAUGUUUUUACAUGAGUAGAAUGUGUCCUUUUAUUUAAAAAUGCAUCUCUGGGUUAUUUGUGGGGCAUAGGAAUUUGUUCAUUCCCCCCCCCCAAAAAAAAUAGUCUGGUCUCCCACAAGGUCUGAAGGACUGUGGACCGGCCCUCUGCUGAAAAAGUUUGCUGACCCCUGUACAGUGUUAUCUUGGGUGAAGAACUUAAUUCGUUCUGGAGGUCAGUUCUUAACCUGAAACUGUUCUUAACCUGAAGCACCACCUUAGCUAAUGGGGCCUCCUGCUGCCGCACGAUUUCUGUUCUCAUCCUGAAGCAAAGUUCUUAAGCCGAGGUACUAUUUCUGUGUUAGUGGAGUCUGUAACCUGAAGCGUCUGUAACCCAAGGUACCACUGUAUUGUGCCUAAACAUUUGUCUGUUUUCUCCCUGCCUCUUCCCGUUCCCAACCCCUAGCAACUUUUCAUGUCUGCCAACAGCAACACCUCAUCUCUAAGCAGCCCUCCCUCGGGUGACAGGACAGAGGACCGCGUCCUCCUUGAGAAAGCCGGGCUGGCUGAGGACGAGGCGGACCUGCCAGAUGAAAACAGCAAGGACUGCAUCGUCUGCCAGAACAGGGCUGUCAACUGGGUGCUCCUCCCUUGCCGGCACACCUGCCUGUGUGAUGAAUGCGUGAAAUAUUUCAAGCAGUGCCCAAUGUGCCGGCAGUUUGUUGGGGAGUCCUUUCCCCUGUGCGGCCGAAAAGAGUGAAGAACUGGGGGCGAAAGGACAGAGCGUGUGUACUUUUAUCCAGGCAGAAAGAGAGGAGAAAUUCAUGUAAAGAGUUGACAAGAUGAGUUUGGACCUUCUGGAAUAGUACCGAAGACCUUCCCUUCCACUUGAACUUUGGUGGCUGGUUGUCUGGCCAGCUCUAAAGCAAGGUUGGCACUGUCAGCAUUGCCCUUGAGCCAGUGCCACCAACUGGACUCACACACUUCAGCCCUGACUGGGCUAGGCGAGCUGGGUAGCACUUCCAGAGACCACCUUCUCCACAGGAACUGGUCAAAGUGCUGUGGACUCACAGCUUAGAGUUGUGAGCACCGGAUUCACUCCAACAAGAAGACAGUCAUCGCACAGCAGAGUAUAGCAGAGCAUAAACGACUCGGAGAGCAGCUCUGUAGAAUAUCUUCUUUAUUCUGUCUACAACUAUAAUACACAACUAUGUACAGAGCUAAAUGAGGUCUAAACGAAAAUGCUGAACUGCACUGAGUGUCUGCAGCUGCUCUUAGCAGCAACCUUAUCUAUACACAUGAUCUCUCUCUAACACUCAGUCUCUCUCUCUCUCUUUGAUGUGAGGCUGGAGCGAAAUAAGUAGAGAGCAGAAACCGCCCCCUCCUCUCUGGAGAAUCAGCAGAGAACAUCAGCAGAUUCUUGGAUAUGGGAGGGGUGAAAUCUCAGGCACCUUCCCUUAGCAGUGGAUUUGAUUUGGAAGCAACGGCGAUGCUAAGGCUCGGUUGCACUGCUGCCUCUGCCUCCCGCAACAGUGCAAACAGUGUAAUGCCUGUGCGCAUUACAGGCAGAAACAGUGCUUUGAGCUCUGUAGAAAGGAUAUCUCUUUGUAUGUGCACAUAAAUUUAUUGGGUAUUUUCACGACACUUUUCACCGAGAAGUUUCUCUCGACAGACUGAUGUGGAGAAAGAGGAAAUAUCCCCUGAGAACACUUAAUUUGUAUUUAUGUUCUUGUGUGUGUGUUUUAAAUUGCUGUCAGCCUGGUUUUCUACUUGAUAGUAAUGCUGCUCUUUUCAGUUGCAGCAAGUGGGGGAGGGCAGAAGCAAAGAAAUAAAAUAUAGAAAGAGUUUUCCUUGCAACUCUUCAGUAGGUCCACAUAUAUUUUGUGUACUGUAUCUCCUUGCGUCUGGUGUAAGCUGGGCAGUGAAGACUCGGGAGUCACUGGCAAGAAUUUCAAAAUGCUUGGGAGCAUGCAAGACUUCAUAUGCAGAGAUUUGUUAAUGCAUGCGUAGUGCCAGAUGUGAGUUGUCCCACCAAUGACGAAAGUCUCCAAAGGGCAGUAAUGACACAAAGGUGACAUUGGUUGAAGAUGAGAUCCUGUUUUUGUUUGUUUUUGAGCACGGGACAUUAGGUUGCCUGGGCAACUGCAGAUCAGAUCCGCUUUAAAGAUUAAAGAUCUUAUGGAGUUCC